UUGGAAGGGAGUAAGAGGGGUAGCGACCACGAGAAACUAGUUCUCGUGGUAUCCGCUGCGCGAGUUUGGCGCGUGGCGAUGCAGUAACGUCCGCGUCGCUGGUUUCGUCUGUGCCGCGACAGUCCUCCCGGAACGAGCUUUUCGUCGUCGCGAAAACAAGUGGUGUGGAGAGAGAGAGAGAGAGAGUGAGAGAGAGAGAGGGGGGUGAUAGGAAGAUCAAAAAGAGAGAGAGAAAGAGAAAGAGAGAGGUGUGAGAGAAGAAACGAACGAUUGAACAUAGAAAAGGGAAGAAGAAGAAGAACGAACGAACAAACAAGGAUAACCAGCAGCGACGAACGUUUUUGUAUUUGUGUUAAAUUACGGGGAGGAGCUGGUCGAGGAGGAGGAGGAGAAGGAGGAGGAGGAGGAGGAAGAAUAAUACAAGAUUAACGUAGAAACAAAAAAGAAGAGAGAGAGAAAUAUAAAAAAAAGAAAGAAUUAGUUAAGAUAGAUAGAUAAGGGUGGGAGGGUGCGAGAAGGAGAGGGUUGAUAGAGGUAGCGCGCGCGCGCGCGCCCGUGUAUGUGCCGGAUAGAAUCAAAUAGAAGGAGGCGGGGGUGCAAGAGGAAGGAAAAGGAGUCAAAGGGAGAGCAGCAGCAGCAGCAGCAUCGGUGCGUCCUCGUCGUCGUCGUCGUUUAUGAAGGAAACUUCGGUCUAGAGAAAAUAAAAAGUGUAUCGGAGAAGGGUGCGAGUGGUGGAGGGGGAGAAGGCGGCGAAGGCGGCGGCGGCGGUGGAGGAGGCGGAGGAGGAAGUGGUGGAAGAGGUGGAGGUGGAACAAGUGGAGGAGAGAAGGAGAGGAGGUGGAGGAGAAGGAGGAGGAGGUCCGACGGAGGAGACGGUCUGACGUAGGGCAGUGCGGCUAGAGCGGGCGAACCGCGCGUCCUACCCUUCGCUCCCACCACCCUUCGCCCUUGUCGUCCUCGGUGCGAUCCUCGUUGCGAUCCUCGUUGCGAUCCUCGUUGCGAUCCUCGUCGCGAUCCUCGUCGCGAUCCUCGGUGCGAUCCUCGUCGGCGCGGCCACCAGCAGCGGCAUCAUUAACACAAUCACUACCACCACCACCACCACCACCAAUAGCAGCAGCAGCAACAGCAGCAGUACCACCACCACUAUUAUCACUAAUACUACGAAUCUCCAUCACCUACACAUCACCGCCAUCACCACCACCACCACCACCAUCACAGCAGCAGCAGCAACGUCUUCGUCAUAAGCACGUAAUCGUCGUCGACCCUACUACUACUACUACAAAGGAACUUAUUAUUUUGUCACAUCGGCACCACUACCACCACAACGUCCUGCUGCCAUCGUCGUCGUCGUCCAACCGUCGUCGUCCUCGACGACGACGUCGAGGCUAGCGGGCCUCUUCUUCUAUCAUUUUCUUUUCGUCCUCGAAAUCAAAGAAAGAAAUAAAGAAAAAGGGACCACCAUCACCACUACUAUUACCAGCAGCAGCAGCACUACUACUACUACUACUAUUACCAGCAGUACCACCACCACUAUCGCGCGCAGCAACGCGCGAUCAAUUCCGGCUGGUUGGUUGGGACGCUCGCGCGCGCCCGUUUAUUACGGUAUUAUCGCGAAACAACGGUUAAAUUAAUCAAAAAUGACGACGGCGUGGCUCCUGCCAAAGUGUUACCGAUAACGGCAGGCCGAAUGAUGUUGUCGCAGAGCAAGUUUUACGCACUGUUCAUUCAUUACACGUUCGUGUAGCGCAACACGGGGCGGGUCCUUCUUGCCGCUGUCCUGAACACAGAGGAAAAAGAACGGAGCUCUUGAAGGAAUUGGAAGAGGAGGAAGAGGAGGAUUUGUUGGAAAAGAAGAAGAAGAAGAAGAAGAAGAAAAAGAAGAGGAAGAAGAGGAAGAGGAGGUGCAAGUAGGAGUACAAGAGUGUGCUUGGGGGAGGAAACAGAGGAAGACAGUGUAACCCUAAAGCCAAAGUCGAUAAGGAUCGACCGACACGAAGAGCAGACUAUGUUAUUUCGGAUAACGGAUUGAUCGCACCCGUCGCUUCAUUCACACGUCGGACAUGAAAAAUCUUGGUUCGCGUUGGACGGUCCCCGACAUAGCACGCACUGCUGCAGCGCGUUCGUCAUUUCUCGUGGCCAUUUCGUCGGAACGAGAUUCAGGUAGUAUCAGCAGCAGUAGCAAAAGUAAAAGUAACAGUAACAGCAACAUCAGCAGCAGCAGAAGCAGAAGCAGCAACGGUAACAGCAGUACCAGUAGCAGCAAAAGAAGAAGAAACGAUAUUUGCAUUACCAACACUACCACCAACACCACCACCACUACCAGUAACAGUCACAGUAACAACAGUAACAACAAGAGUGGUAACGAGUUUCGUAAGAAAACAAGUAACAAGAAGUGCAUCGAUAUUAUCGUGAAAAUAAUUAAAGAGAUUAGAGGGAAAUUUCGCUGUAAGUGCGAGAAUCCGAUUGCCGAUAAAUUGCCGGCAGUCUUAUUAAAUUCAGUGCUGCAAAAAGGUGCGUUUUUAUCCGUCCGAUUAAACGUAACGGCGUCGUAUAAUCUUAUCUACGGGACGAGGAGGUGUUCCGACGAAUCGACGCUGAGGAAUCACCGGCCCUGGAAUCAAGACAAUUGUCAGCAACAGAAGCAACAGCAACAACAACAACAAGAGCAGCAGCAGCAGCAGCAGCAGAAACAGCAGCAAAAGCAACAGCAUCAAUCGACUCUUUAUUAUUAUUACUCUUCUCCUGCAUUUGCGUGGGACGAGCACACACGACACUUCAGGAACUGUUAGCACCGAUCAAAAGAAGGUGGCAGGAAGCUGUGCGUAGCCUAGACAAUGUCCGAAGAGUCUGACUCUAUAACAGAGGAAGAAAGAAGUUUGUUCCGUCCGUUCACGCGGGAGUCCCUGACAGCGAUCGAGGCUCGCAUCGCCGAGGAACAUGCAAAGCAGAAGGAACUCGAGAAGAAGAGAGCGGAAGGAGAGGGAGGUUUUGGACGGAAGAAAAAGAAAAAAGAAGUACGAUAUGACGACGAGGACGAGGACGAGGGUCCUCAACCGGAUCCUGCACUCGAACAAGGUGCACCGAUCCCGGUCCGGUUGCACAAUGUAUUUCCACCCGAGUUGGCCUCCACACCUCUCGAGGAUAUCGAUACCUUCUAUCAAAAUCAAAGGACCUUCGUCGUCGUCAGCAAGGGAAAGGAUAUAUUUAGGUUCUCAGCUACCGACGCGAUGUGGAUUCUCGAUCCAUUCAACCCAAUACGACGCGUGGCUAUCUACAUUCUGGUUCACCCACUCUUCUCCUUGUUCAUCAUCACUACGAUAUUGGUUAAUUGCAUACUCAUGAUCAUGCCAACCACGCCUACCAUCGAGUCCACCGAAGUGAUAUUUACGGGGAUCUACACAUUUGAGUCCGCCGUUAAGGUGAUGGCGAGGGGUUUCAUUCUGCAGCCUUUUACCUAUCUUAGAGAUGCAUGGAAUUGGCUCGACUUCGUAGUUAUAGCUUUAGCUUAUGUGACGAUGGGCAUAGAUCUAGGCAACCUUGCCGCUCUCAGGACAUUUCGAGUCCUCCGAGCCUUGAAGACUGUCGCUAUUGUACCAGGUCUGAAAACCAUUGUCGGCGCUGUGAUAGAGUCCGUGAAGAAUCUGCGCGAUGUGAUAAUCCUGACGAUGUUCUCCCUGUCCGUUUUUGCGCUGAUGGGCCUUCAAAUUUACAUGGGGGUAUUAACGCAAAAGUGUAUAAAAAACUUUCCGGUGAACAGCUCCUGGGGUAAUCUCACCGACGAAAAUUGGGAGAGAUUCAAUAGCAAUGAAACUAAUUGGUACGUAGACGACGCUGGAAACAUGCCAUUGUGCGGGAAUUCGUCGGGAGCUGGGCAGUGCCUUCCUGGGUACACGUGCUUACAAGGAUACGGCGACAACCCAAAUUAUGGUUACACGAGCUUCGACAGCUUCGGCUGGGCUCUACUUUCUGCCUUUCGUCUAAUGACCCAAGACUAUUGGGAAAAUCUUUAUCAACUGGUACUACGAUCGGCCGGACCGUGGCACAUGCUCUUCUUCAUUGUCAUCAUCUUCCUCGGUUCUUUCUAUCUCGUCAACUUGAUCCUCGCUAUCGUAGCGAUGUCAUACGACGAGUUGCAAAAGAAGGCGGAAGAGGAGGAGGCUGCCGAAGAGGAAGCAAUAAGGGAAGUCGAAAAAGCGUUGAUGGAUAAGGAAAAUAAAUUAGCACAGCAGGCAGCGGCAAGGGAAGCAGCAGCAGCCGCUGCAGCAGCGGCAGCUGAUCAAAUCGUCAAAUCACCAUCGGACUUCUCAUGUCAUAGUUAUGAACUAUUCGUUGGCCAGGAAAAGGGUAACGACGAUAACAACAAGGAGAAGAUCAGCAUAAGAUCUAUCGAAUCUGUUAGCGAACAUAGGAUCAAGCAGAUCAACAACAACCAUAACGCUGCCAAUAAAGUGCGGAAAGUCAGCGCCGUCUCUCGCGCCGCUAAUGGCCAGUUUACUUAUGUCUACCAGGAAAGUCUCCGGAAGGCGAGCCUUAGCCUACCGGGUUCACCUUUCAAUCUUCGACGAAGUAGUCGUGGAAGUCAUCAAUUUACGAUACGCAAUGGUCGUGGCCGAUUCGUUGGUCCACCAGGUGGUGAUAGAAAACCCCUUGUAUUAUCGACCUAUUUGGAUGCCCAAGAACAUUUGCCUUAUGCCGACGAUUCUAAUGCCGUCACCCCGAUGUCAGAAGAAAAUGGCACGAUCGUUGUACCAGUAUAUUAUGCUAAUCUUGGCUCGAGGCAUUCCUCUUAUACAUCACACGCAUCAAGAUUAUCCUACACCUCCCAUGGUGACCUUCUAGGUGGUAUUGCCAAUGCAAUCGGCAAACCGAUGACCAAGGAAAGUCGAUUGAGAAGUAGAUCGGUUAGGCCACCAUCCGUUAAUGGUCAUCUUACCGAUUGUAAUCAAAAGUUUCAUUGCGAAAGCGAUUUGGAAAGUGAUCCCAUGGGAAAAGCGAAGCAACAAGAUAAUCCUUUCAUCGAACCUUCCCAACAACACGCCGUCGUCGAUAUGAAGGAUGUGAUGGUGCUGAACGAUAUUAUCGAGCAAGCAGCAGGACGUCAAAGCAGAACACCCGAGCAAGGAGUUUCGACCUAUUACUUUCCGACAGACGACGAUGAGGAAGGGCCCACGUUAAAGGAGAAAAUAUUAUCCGGGAUCAUACGUUGCAUCGAUAUCUUCUGCGUUUGGGAUUGCUGUUGGCUUUGGCUCGAGAUUCAAAAAUACGUCGCACUUCUGGUAUUCGAUCCGUUCGUAGAACUCUUCAUUACACUUUGUAUCGUCGUCAAUACACUUUUCAUGGCAUUGGAUCAUCACGAUAUGGACAAGGAUAUGGAAAAAGUUCUUAAAUCUGGUAACUAUUUCUUCACGGCUACAUUCGCAAUCGAAGCAACGUUCAAGCUGAUAGCUAUGAGCCCGAAGUUUUAUUUUCAAGAGGGUUGGAACAUAUUCGACUUCAUCAUCGUCGCCCUAUCCUUACUCGAGUUAGGUUUGGAAGGUGUACAAGGUCUUUCGGUAUUGCGAUCCUUUCGAUUGCUGAGAGUGUUCAAACUGGCAAAAUCAUGGCCCACGUUAAAUCUACUGAUAUCCAUCAUGGGUAGGACAGUUGGUGCCUUGGGUAAUUUAACGUUCGUCUUGUGUAUCAUCAUUUUCAUCUUCGCCGUGAUGGGUAUGCAAUUGUUCGGUAAAAAUUACACCGAUCACGUCGAUCGAUUCCCGGGUGGGGAUCUACCAAGGUGGAACUUUACCGAUUUCAUGCAUUCCUUUAUGAUCGUAUUUCGUGUCUUAUGCGGAGAAUGGAUCGAAUCAAUGUGGGAUUGUAUGUUAGUUGGAGACGUUUCUUGUAUACCCUUCUUCCUCGCUACCGUCGUCAUCGGUAACCUUGUUGUGCUGAAUCUCUUCUUGGCCCUGUUGCUGAGCAAUUUCGGUUCAUCGAAUUUAUCAGCACCGACUGCGGACAACGACACGAACAAGAUCGCCGAAGCGAUAGAUCGUAUAGCACGUUUCGUAAAAUGGAUCAAGCGAAAUUUCCUUAAUCUUGCUAAAUUGAUGCGAGCCAAAUUCACCAAUCAGAUAUCCGAUCAGGCGCCAGGUGAGGGACCGUCCAACAGUUGGAAAGAAGAUGGAAUUGACCGAGAUGGAGACCUAGAUCUUGCAGAUAGCGAUUUGGAAGCUUACAGAGACAAGAAGAGUGCGAAGGAAUUGAAUCAACUCGAGGUAGCCAUUGGUGACGGAAUGGAAUUUACAAUUCAUGGAGAUCUGAAGAAUAAAUUGAAAAAGGGCAAAUUGUGCAUGAAUAACACCAAAGUCAUUGGGAAUUCGAUAAAUCAUCGGGAUUAUAGAUUAGACAACGAUUAUAUUAAUCAAAACGAAGAGGACACGUUUAGCAACAAAUCGUAUGGCAGCCAUAAAAAUCGGCCGUUCAAGGAUGAAAGUCAUAAAGGUAGUAUGGAUUUGUUGAACGGAGAAGAAAAAAAGGAUGCCUGUAAAGAAGAUCUCGAACAGGACGAAGACAUGGGAGAAGAAGGUGACGAAGGUGAUGAUAUAAUGGGAAGUGAAAUCAUACACGCGGAUAAGGAUCCCAUUAAUUCUGAGUAUCCGGCCGAUUGUUGUCCAGAAAAUUGUUAUAAAAAAUUCCCAUUUUUGGCUGGGGACGACGAUGCACCGUUUUGGCAAGGUUGGACGAAUUUGAGAUUGAAAACUUUCCAAUUGAUCGAGAACAAAUAUUUCGAGAGUGCCGUUAUCACGAUGAUCCUUUUAAGUAGUUUAGCUCUCGCCUUGGAGGAUGUUCACUUGCAGCAACGACCCAUCCUGCAAGAUAUUCUCUAUUACAUGGACAGAAUUUUCACAGUGAUUUUCUUCCUUGAGAUGUUGAUCAAAUGGUUGGCCCUUGGUUUCAAGAAAUAUUUCACGAAUGCUUGGUGCUGGCUCGAUUUCAUUAUCGUCAUGGUGUCGCUCAUUAACUUCGUAGCGUCGCUCUGUGGCGCUGGCGGGAUCCAAGCCUUCAAAACAAUGAGGACCCUAAGGGCCCUAAGGCCACUCAGGGCGAUGUCUAGAAUGCAGGGGAUGCGGGUAGUCGUCAACGCUUUGGUACAAGCUAUUCCAUCCAUCUUUAACGUCUUGCUGGUCUGCCUUAUUUUUUGGCUGAUUUUCGCCAUCAUGGGCGUGCAGCUGUUCGCCGGCAAGUACUUCAAGUGCGUCGAUACGAAUAAGACUACGCUUAGCUACGAAAUAAUACCGGAUCGUAACGCUUGUAUUGCGGAAAAUUACACGUGGGAAAACUCGCCGAUGAAUUUCGAUCACGUAGGUAAAGCUUACCUGUGCCUAUUCCAAGUGGCUACCUUCAAAGGAUGGAUACAAAUCAUGAACGACGCGAUCGAUUCGCGAGAGGUCGACAAACAACCGAUACGCGAGACGAACAUCUACAUGUAUCUCUAUUUCGUAUUUUUCAUCAUAUUCGGAUCAUUUUUUACCCUUAACCUGUUCAUUGGUGUGAUCAUCGACAACUUUAACGAGCAAAAGAAGAAAGCCGGUGGAUCACUCGAGAUGUUCAUGACGGAGGAUCAAAAGAAAUAUUACAAUGCCAUGAAAAAGAUGGGAAGCAAGAAACCAUUGAAGGCCAUCCCUCGUCCAAUCUGGAGACCGCAAGCGAUAGUGUUCGAAAUAGUGACGGACAAAAUGUUCGAUAUGAUAAUCAUGUUGUUCAUCGGGCUUAACAUGCUUACGAUGACAUUGGACCAUUAUCAAAUGAGCGACACAUUCAGCAGCGUUCUGGACUAUCUCAAUAUGAUAUUCAUUGUGAUAUUCACCAGCGAGUGUCUCAUGAAGAUUUUCGCCCUACGUUACCAUUAUUUCAAGGAGCCCUGGAACCUCUUUGAUUUAACUGUUGUUAUAUUAUCAAUAUUAGGUCUGGUGCUCAGCGAUAUAAUCGAGAAAUAUUUCGUAUCCCCGACCUUACUUCGAGUAGUGAGAGUGGCUAAGGUCGGUCGUGUGCUACGUCUUGUGAAGGGUGCAAAGGGCAUCCGUACUUUAUUAUUCGCUCUCGCGAUGUCCUUACCCGCUCUAUUCAACAUUUGCCUACUGCUGUUCCUCGUAAUGUUCAUCUUCGCUAUCUUUGGAAUGUCCUUUUUCAUGCACGUUAAGGACAAGAGCGGUCUCGACGAUGUAUAUAACUUUAAAACCUUCGGCCAGUCGAUGAUACUGCUGUUCCAGAUGUCAACGUCCGCCGGUUGGGACGGAGUUUUGGACGGCAUAAUAAACGAAGAGGAUUGUCAAGAACCGAACAACGAGAUCGGUUAUCCUGGCAAUUGCGGUUCUUCGACGAUCGGUAUCGCCUAUCUCCUGUCUUACUUGGUGAUCAGUUUCUUGAUCGUGAUAAACAUGUACAUCGCUGUUAUCUUGGAGAAUUAUUCUCAAGCUACGGAAGACGUGCAGGAGGGUUUGACCGACGAUGAUUACGAUAUGUAUUAUGAAAUUUGGCAACAAUUCGAUCCUAAGGGUACACAAUAUAUAAGAUAUGAUCAGCUAUCGGACUUCUUAGACGUAUUGGAGCCCCCAUUGCAAAUACACAAGCCGAAUAAGUAUAAGAUCGUGUCGAUGGAUAUCCCGAUAUGUAAGGGUGACCUUAUGUUUUGCGUCGACAUCCUCGAUGCUCUUACAAAGGACUUUUUCGCGCGCAAGGGUAAUCCAAUAGAAGAGACUGGUGAUUUAGAGGUACAAACUCGUCCAGGUGAGGCUGGUUACGAACCGGUAUCGUCGACUUUAUGGCGCCAACGGGAGGAAUAUUGUGCAAGGUUAAUACAAAAUGCCUGGAGAAAGCACAAACAACAACGUCUCGGAGGUCCUAGCGAGGAAAGCGAUGAUCCCGAUACGGAUCCGCGUGUUCGACAGACAGCGGUCCUAGUCGAAAGCGACGGAUUCGUCACGAAAAAUGGUCAUCGCGUAGUCAUUCACAGUCGAUCGCCAAGCGUAACCUCAAGAACGGCUGACGUUUGAUCAUUAUUGCCGUUUACUUCGCCGAAUUCCUUCGAUUUUAUCAAACGAGCUGCUCCACGCUAGCAAAGCAAUUGCCGCCAUUGCCGACGUCAACGUCGUCGUCGUCGUCGUCGUCGUCGUCGUCGUCGUCGUCGUCGUCAUUCCUGCCAUCGUCAUUAAUCCUGCCAUCGUCAUCGCAAAAACAACUAACAAGAAGAACAAGAAGAAAAACAAGAGGAAGAUAAAAUCUAUGCAACACUGCUGUUCUCCUCUUUGUCGUCGUCAUCGUUGUUGUCGUCGUCGUCGUCGUCGUCGUCGUCGUCGUCGUCGUCGUCGUCGUCGUUGUCGUCGUCGUCGUCGUCGUUAUCGAAAAGCCUACGAUGAUCGAUCUCGCACUUACCAUCCGCAAAAGACACUACUAAAAUACGAUUGUACAUUAAACCAUUCCUCCUCCAACGAGUUGCCUUCAAUCGAUCUUAAAAAAGCGAAGCGACGAAGAGAGGAAGAAGAAGAAGAAGAAGUCGAAGAAGAAGAAGAAGAAGAUUAAACAAAAAAAAUAAGAAGAAGAAGAAGAAGAAAUGGUGGCAAGACGAGUCGGACUUCGGGGCCCGCUUCCCCCGACAAAAAUCGUGGCAACCGAGGCCCGACUAAUCGAACUACCAACCCUUUUCUUCUUCUCUCCCAUUGUAUGUACAUAUAUAUAUAGUUAUAUAUAUAUAUACAUGCAUAAAAUAUAUAUAUAUAUAUACAUUAAACGUGUGUGUGCGUGUGCGUGCGUGUGUUAGUCACGUUAAUCGAGAACGAUGAUCGAUGGCAAAGUGGCGCGCGGCCCACCACCAACCACGUGGCUCGAGUCGAGGACGACCCACGCGUCGUAUAUACCGUAUA